UCGACCAGACAGAAAUCAGCCAAAAUGUUCAAGUUUGUUAUGAUCUGCGCCGUUUUGGGACUGGCGGUGGCCAAUCCCCCAGUGCCCCACUCCGUGGGACGUUCAGAGGAUGUCCACGCCGAUGUCGUCUCCCGAUCGGACGAUGUUCGUGCCGAUGGAUUCGACUCCAGCCUGCACACCUCCAACGGCAUCGAGCAGGCCGCCAGCGGCGAUGUCCAUGGCAACAUCCACGGCAACUUCGCAUGGAUCUCCCCCGAGGGCGAGCACGUGGAAAUCAAGUAUGUGGCCGAUGAGAACGGAUACCAGCCCUCGGGAGCCUGGAUCCCCACUCCUCCCCCAAUCCCAGAGGCCAUCGCCCGCGCCGUCGCCUGGCUGGAGUCCCACCCACCGGCUCCCGAGCACCACCACUAG